AUGAAGUGUUCUAGUCUCGUCCUCGGCGUUCUCGCAACACUUGCGGCUGCACAAACACCUUCGCCGUAUACUGAUGCCAAAUCAGGCAUCAUAUUCAACACUCUCCAGCACAGUAGCGGCAUGUUCUUCGGUCUCGCGCUUCCAGCCAACGCCACCGGAAACACUGACUUCAUCGCAACGAUCGGGGGCAAAGGCACGGGCUGGAGCGGUGUUUCUCUCGGAGGAGGAAUGCUCAACAAGCUCUUGAUCGUCGCUUGGCCAAACGCUCAAACUGUAGUGGGCAGCUUUAGGAAGACUGCGUACGUCCAAGAUGAAAAACUACAGCGGCAAAGUGAUGCUAACAGCAGCAGCCAAUACGCUUCUCCCGCCGUCGCAACCGGCACUUUCACGCAAACCACAAUAGCAAACGGCACAUACGUCAACAGCACGCACUGGACAUACACAUUCCUCUGCUCCAAGUGCAUUCAAAUCGACGGUACGACGUUUAAGCCCACUGAUACAGCGCCAAGUCUCGGGUUCGCAUUCAAUCCGACCGCGCCGGCGCAAAAGACGAAUCCCGCUUCUAGUGUAUCGAAGCAUACGGCGCAGGGGCAAGCGGUAUUUGAUCUUAGCAAAGCUAAGAGCGCGAACUUCGAGAUCUGGAAGGGCUACGCUGUGCCGAAAGUCGCUACGGGUUUUGCGGGCUAG